AUGGCUAGUGUACAACCAGGCCAUUCACAUGGCGACCUACACGACGACGACUCGCUCCUAGAUGACGACCUGAUCGAGGCGGACGAUGCUCUCGAUGCCGAUGACCCCCUACAUGAUACCUCGGACACAGCCCCUCUACGAGGCAACAUUGAGGCGGACAAUGCCUCAAGAGGUGGACGGGCCUCUGGAUAUGGGAACUACCUAACCACUUCGAUUCCGGGCGAAGACCGCCGCGCGACUCAGAACACUAUUGAUGAGAGUGUCUGGGCCACCCUGUCGCGCGACUUGAUCGGCGUCGGCGAGAAGAUGCGCCAAGUGUUGUGGCCCAAAUAUCUGCUUGGUGGCAUUAUGCAGCGUGGAGGCGGUGGUAUCAACGAUGCUGCCGAGAGAGGCGAGGCAACUGGAUUUGGCCGUAACCUGCGCGGGCUCGUGGGACGCUGGCCGGAUGCCGAUGUAGUCCUGCAAGGUGGAAUGAGUGAUGGAUUGCGCGAUUGGGAUCUCUGGGGUCCUCUGAUCUUCUGCUUGGUUCUGAGUCUGUUCCUCUCUGUCGCGCAUGGAGACCAGUCGUCAGUGGUCUUUUCGGGAGUUUUCUGCAUCGUGUGGCUUGGAGAAGCUGCUGUUACCCUUCAGAUUAAACUCCUCGGUGGUAAAAUUUCCUUCUUCCAGUCAAUCUGCAUUAUCGGCUAUACACUAUUCCCCCUGGUCAUUGCCGCCCUCCUUAGUGCCCUCGGGCUUCCUACGAUCGCCCGAAUUCCCGUCUACCUCGUGCUCGUAGCGUGGUCUCUGGCAGCAGGUGUCAGCAUCUUGGGCGGUUCUGGAAUCGUCCGCAACCGUGUCGGCAUUGCGGUGUAUCCGCUAUUCAUGUUCUAUAUUUCGAUCGGAUGCCUUUGUUUCAUUAGUUAG